AUGCAAUUGAUGUUCAACACCUCUACAACCCUCCUACAGUCGAAAAAGCACAAACCCAAACACCCCACCUCAAUCGUUGUUGCUGCAGCUGCUCUGAUUCCCUUCCAAAUCGUUGCUAUCGAUGACGAGAAAGAAACCACGAUGAGACUCGUCGGGGAGGAGCCUCGCCACCUCCUUCAGUUAUUUAUUGCAUCUUCCCCCUUUCGCACCUUUCCUUACCGAAGUUGCUGUCGAGGCAAUGGGUCGACAUCCACGGAGACUAACGACACAAUUACCCCACCCAUCUUCUCUCAACACACACCCGAUUACCCCCACCCAUCUUCUUUCUUCUUUUUUCUCACCUGCACACACGAUCACAAAAAAACCCCUUUUUUUGAGUUCCAGUUUCAGUUGUCAAAGUUCAACUCAUGUUAA